AUGGCAGACUCAUGGGGAUGGCGAUGGGAAUUUGGAGUGCAGGUGCCAUUCUUAUUCAUAUUGACUAUUGUGGCCAUGUUCGCUCUGCCAGCAGAUCUUGGCCUGUAUGGUCGCGAGCCAGAGAGUAUUUGGACUGUGUUAAAGACAUUUGACAUCAAAGGCUCCAUACUGCUGACAAUUGCCAUCAUCUUCCUCAUUCUUGGUUUGAGUCUUGGAGGCAACGUACUACCUUGGUCGCAUCCGUUCAUUAUCUCAUCUAUCGUCAUUGCUGCAUUAUCAUUCCCGAUCUUCCUACACAUUGAGACGAAAGCACAACGCCCUGUCAUGCCGCCACACCUUAUCGGCAAGUCGCCGCACGGCAACCUAAUUCUCUCAAAUUUCCUGGGGUGUAUCAUGCAAUUUGCAAUCUUCUUCAACGUGCCAUUGUUCUUCCAAGGUGUGCUCCUCUCAUCAGCAACCAACUCCGGUCUGCGGCUGGCCCUGCCGUCCGGGUUCGCCUCUCUCGUCGGCGCCGCGACCGGCUUCCUCAUCACGUACACGAAGCGUCUGAAGUGGCCCCUUGUUCUGGGCGCAGUCAUGUACCUAUUUGGCACCAUUGUUCUUGCCACAAUGCGCCCCGGGUGGCCGGAAUGGCUCUACCUGCUGUGUCUCCUGCCCACCAGCGCCGGGCAGGGGUUCCAGGCUCCUGGCACGUUCAUCGCCGUCCUCGCGGCAAGUGAACAGCAGGCGCAAGCCGUCACCACCAGCACGCUGCUCCUGUGGCGCUCGAUCGGACUUAUCAUUGGCGUCGCAAGUAGUAGCCUCGUUGUGCAGAAUGCGCUGGUCUGGUACCUGGAGGCGUAUGUGGACGGGCCUGAGAAGGAAACCGUUAUCAGACAAGUGCGGAAGUCCGUGGAGGCGAUUCGGUCUUUGAGCCCCGAAUAUCAAACCCAGGUUAUUAGAAGCUACGAAGCCGCUCUUCGACUUACAUUCAUUUGUCUCGUUGCUUUGGCGGUCAUUACGGUCUUGUUGAUUCUGCCAGUUAGACUCCCGAGACUGGGUACUCGGAAGUAA